AUGUACGGAGGAGGUUACGACGAUUUUGAACAUGGGAAAGAGAGAGAAAAUGUCAACUUUGGAGGAAAAACUAGCUUGAAUAUAGAAUAUCCAAUGUUAUUUGAAUUGAAUAACCCUAGCAAACAAAAACACUCUCAUGCUGGAGUUCUAGAGUUUAUUGCGGAGGAAGGACGCGUUUAUCUGCCUUAUUGGAUGAUGCAAACCUUAUCAUUGGAACAAGGAGAUUUCCUCGAAAUUAAAAAUGCCACGUUGCCUUUGGGAACUUUUGUCAAGAUCCAACCACAAACUGUGAACUUUUUGGAUAUCAGUGAUCCAAAGGCUGUGCUUGAAAAUGCUUUUCGAAAUUUCUCAACUUUAACGAGGGGAGACAUUAUUCAGAUUAAUUAUAACAAUAAGAUAUAUGAAAUUUUGGUUUUGGAGGUGAAACCCUCAAGUGAAAGUGUUGACGGAAUUUCUAUUGUUGAGACUGAUCUAGAGGUUGAUUUUGCACCGCCAGUUGGGUAUGUCGAACCAAGUCCCCAACCAAAAGAUACUAUGGCUAAUAGGAUUAAGAUAGGAGAGUCCGUUUUAGAAUCCGAACGUUGGCUCGCUUUUCAGGGUACUGGGAACCGACUGAACGGAAAACUAGUAAAAACAUCCUCAGCAAAUGCUAGGUUGCAUAAUCCUAAUUCAAAUAAACAAGAUCCGGACAGUGGAAGGAAUGUCCCAGCACCUUUGAGAUUGCCAUUUGGAAAAUUAUUUUUCGGGUAUAAAGUUGUGCCUUUGAAUGAAAAAAAAGAAGUCAAGGAUAGUAAGGUCAGGUUUUACGUCCUUCAAGGUCAAAUUCAAAUCGCACAGAUUCCCCAACACCAUCUACUUCAACAGCAGCACCUACUGAAUCUACAAGUUCGCAUAGCAAUCAUAAUGAUGAAAUAUUUGGUGGAAAAG